UCCAAUUCCCCCCACCCAUUUUCCUUUUAACGAUUCCUCCGCCACCCAACUCCGCUAACCGGUGGAGUAGCAUCUGGAUACAGUGAAUGGGGCAGCCACCGGUUUCACCUUCUCUCCCACUCGCUCCACCACCCCCACCCCCACCCCCCUCACGACCACCACCCUUUCUUAGUUCCGCUGUUACUGGCGGUUGCCAAGUUCGUUGCGCCGGUUGCCGAAUGAUAUUGACGGUCGGUCCCGGCCUGACUGAGUUUGUAUGUCCUACAUGCCAGUUGCCGCAGAUGCUGCCUCCGGAGCUGAUGCGUCCCCCUUCACAGGUGCCGGCCCAUGGCAUCGAUCCGAGUAAGAUCCAGCUUCCGUGUGCCAACUGCAAGGCCAUUCUUAAUGUCCCUCAUGGUUUAUCCCGAUUCGCCUGCCCUCAGUGCAAAAUGGAACUGGCGGUUGAUCUCUCGCGGAUUAAGCAGUUCUAUCCUCCUCCUCCGGAGGAAGUCAACGAGGUUGCCAUUGAAGUGGAACGAGAAGAAGAUGGUGGAGGUGUUGUGGGAGAAACGUUUACGGACUAUCGCCCACCAAAGCUGUCUAUUGGUCCUCCACAUCCAGAUCCUAUUGUGGAAACCUCUUCCUUAUCUGCAGUGCAGCCACCUGAACCCACAUAUGAUCUUCGAACGAAGGAUUACUUGGAAACUUCAAAAGCAUUAUCAUGCCUGCAGAUCGAGACACUAGUUUAUGCUUGUCAGAGACACCUGCAACAUCUCGAAAACGGCACCAGAGCAGGAUUUUUUCUUGGAGAUGGAGCUGGUGUUGGCAAAGGACGCACAAUUGCAGGACUAAUUUGGGAGAAUUGGCACCAUGGGAGGAGAAAAGCAUUGUGGAUUUCUGUUGGUUCAGACUUGAAAUUUGAUGCAAGAAGAGAUUUGGAUGAUGUGGGAGCAACAUGUAUUGAAGUGCAUGCUUUGAACAAACUUCCCUAUUCCAAGCUUGAUUCCAAAUCUGUUGGGAUUAGAGAUGGUGUUGUUUUCUUGACAUAUAGCAGUCUUAUAGCUUCUUCUGAGAAGGGUCGCUCUCGAUUGCAGCAGCUUGUGCAGUGGUGUGGAUUAGAUUAUGAUGGACUUAUCGUGUUUGAUGAGUGCCACAAGGCCAAAAAUUUGGUACCUGAAGCUGGAGGACAACCAACACGAACGGGUGAAGCGGUUCUUGAAAUUCAGGCACGACUUCCUGAAGCACGUGUUGUUUACUGUUCAGCAACUGGUGCAUCAGAACCCCGAAAUCUGGGUUAUAUGGUCCGGCUUGGUCUUUGGGGAGCUGGAACUUCCUUUGAGGAUUUCCGCGAAUUUUUAGCAGGUGCUCUGGAUAAAGGAGGAGUAGGAGCCCUAGAACUUGUUGCUAUGGACAUGAAAGCGAGAGGCAUGUAUGUAUGCCGGACUCUGAGUUAUAAAGGCGCAGAAUUUGAAGUUCUUGAGGUUCCACUGGAGGCCAAAAUGAUGGAGAUCUACAAAAAGGCCGCUGAAUUUUGGGCUGAAUUGAGGGUGGAAUUGCUAUCUGCAAGUGCAUUCCUUGGUGAUGAGAAGCCUAGUUCCAGUCAGUUGUGGAGACUAUACUGGGCGAGCCAUCAGCGAUUCUUUAGGUAUGUCUGCAUGUCCGCAAAGGUGCCUGCUGUUGUAGGCCUUGCCAAGCAGGCACUGAUGGAGAACAAGUGUGUGGUCAUUGGUCUUCAGAGUACAGGGGAGGCAAGAACAGAGGAUGCAGUCACAAGAUAUGGCAUUGAACUUGAUGAUUUUAUUUCUGGACCUCGCGAGCUGUUGCUUAAAUUUGUUGAAGAAAACUAUCCUUUGCCAGAAAAGCCUGAAUCUCUCCCAGGAGAGGAUAGUGUGAAGGAACUUCAGCGCAAGAGGCACUCAGCAACACCUGAUGUUUCAUUUAAAGGGAGGGUCAGGAAAGCUGCAAGAUGGAAAGCUGCAAGUGAUGAUGAGAGUGAUGAAGAAUCUGAAUUAGCUGAUUCUGGCCGUGAAUCUGUGGAAUCUGAUGACGAAUUUCAGAUAUGCAACAUAUGCAAUUCAGAAGCGGAAAGAAAGAAAUUGCUCCAGUGCUCAUGUUGUGGUCAACUUGUACAUCCAGCAUGUGUAGUCCCACCAGUAACCGAUGCAAUAUCUGCCAAUUGGUCUUGUCAUUCAUGCACGGAAAAAACAGAGGAGUAUCUCCAAGCAAGACAUAUAUAUGUAGCAGAGUUACUACGAAGAUAUGAAGGAGCCAUAGAGCGUAAAGCAAAGAUUUUGGACAUAAUUCGUACUUUUGACCUUCCAAACAAUCCAUUGGAUGACAUUAUUGAUCAGCUUGGAGGCCCUGAUAAUGUUGCAGAAAUAACAGGGAGGCGAGGUAUGCUUGUUAGGGCCUCCAGUGGAAAAGGAGUCACUUAUCAGGCACGAAACACGAAGGAUGUGACUAUGGAAAUGGUCAACAUGCACGAGAAACAACUCUUCAUGGAUGGUAAGAAACUGGUCGCCAUCAUUUCUGAAGCUGGAUCAGCAGGUGUGUCUUUGCAGGCUGAUAGAAGGGCACUGAACCAGAAAAGAAGGGUCCAUGUAACUUUAGAACUACCUUGGAGUGCUGAUCGUGCAAUUCAGCAAUUUGGGAGGACUCAUCGUUCAAAUCAAGCUUCUGCACCCGAGUACAGGUUACUGUUCACAAAUCUUGGAGGUGAACGCCGGUUUGCUUCAAUUGUUGCGAAGAGACUAGAGUCUCUCGGAGCCUUAACACAGGGGGAUCGGCGGGCUGGACCAUCUCUUAGUGCCUAUAAUUAUGAUAGUUCUUAUGGGAAAAAGGCCUUGCUGAUGAUGUACAGGGGAAUUAUGGAGCAGGAUUCUCUUCCAGUUGUGCCGCCAAACUGUUCAUCUGAAAAUUCUGCUACAAUCCGAGAUUUUAUUGAGAAGGCCAAAGCUGCUCUUGUUUCUGUUGGCAUAGUUAGAGACACAGUUGUUGGUAAUGGCAAAGAUUCUGGCAAGUUCUCUGGCCGCAUAGUUGAUUCAGAUAUGCACGAUGUGGGGCGUUUUCUGAAUCGGCUUUUAGGACUGCCACCUGAGAUCCAAAACAGGCUCUUUGAGUUGUUUGUUAGCAUCCUUGAUCAUCUUCUUCAAAAUGCACGCUUUGAAGGACAAUUAGAUACUGGGAUUGUUGAUAUGAAAGCUAACACUAUUGAGCUACAAGGAACUCCAAAGACUGUUCAUAGCGAUCAUAUGUCUGGGGCAUCCACUGUGCUAUUUACGUUUGUUAUGGAUCGUGGCAUUACUUGGGAGGCUGCAUCUGCAUUGCUCAGUGAGAAGCAAAGAGACGUGUCAGGUUCUUCUGCUAAUGGAUUUUAUGAAUCUAAGAGAGAAUGGCUUGGAAGAAGGCACUUUCUUUUGGCAAUCGAAGGUUCUUCUGGAAUGUUUAAGAUAUUCCGCCCUGCUGUUGGGGAAGCACUCAGAGAGAUGUCAACUGCUGAGCUGAAGGACAAAUACAGAAAGACGUCAUUAGAAAAAGCUCACAGUGGAUGGAAGGAUGAAUAUGAAGUUUCAUCCAAGCAGUGCAUGCAUGGUCCAAAUUGUAAGCUUGGAAGCUUUUGUACUGUUGGCAGAAGAAUACAGGAAGUAAAUGUACUCGGUGGUCUUAUUCUCCCAAUUUGGGGAACAAUUGAGAAGGCCCUAUCGAAACAGGCCCGCCAAAGCCAUAGACGACUACGUGUUGUGCGCAUCGAGACAACAACAGAUAAUCAGCGAAUUGUUGGGCUUCUUGUUCCAAGUGCAGUAGUAGGAUCUGUGCUUCAAGACUUAGCAUGGGUUCAAGACAUCGAUGACUGAGAUAGACUUUGCUAGACCAUUUUUCUGAUAUCAAUGAUGGAUAAUAGGUAUUAUAUAUUUUUGUUAUAUUCCAUCAAAGAUACCGAAGGAAGUACAUGUUCCAGACUGGUAUGUUUCAAAGGAAAUAGGCCAAGGUACAGCAGCCAACCGAGCAUUGCCAGUCUUUUGCAGUUGAUAAAUUGAUGUUUGAUAUUUUCUGCUUCAUUCUUUGCACUCAGUAUCGCUUUUUUGUAAUUAUUCAAGUGGCAAAAACAGAGAGAAGCAUUACGAUUUAUAGGUGUGAGUGUAAAAACCAUCUUAUAUAGCUUUAUGUUGAUAUUUCCAAGCAAAUUCAUAUGAUUAACAUUUUAUUUUAAGCUCGGCAUCUUACUUUC